GAAACCACUGAAUCUUCUAUUGACGAAGCAUUUGGACAUCAAAGUCGCUGACCUUGGGAUCAGCAAAGUCCUUGAAGGUCGAGGAGAUUUAUCCGAUCGAGGCUACAAAAUGACAGGAGGAGUUGGAAGUUGGCGUUACAUGGCUCCAGAAGUCCUGCGUCAUCAGCAGUACAACGAGAAAGUGGACAUCUUUGCCUUCGCGUUGAUCAUGUAUUUCAUCAGCUCUGGACAGCAACCCUUUUCUCAAUGGGGAGAUCCAGAAAUCAUUCUCAAAGAAUAUCUGAAAGGAGAAGAACCGAGGCCAAAUUUAUCAGAUUGUCAUGUCAAAGUACAAGGCAUCAUCCAAGCAGCCUGGCAUGUGAAUUGGGUGCAACGUCCGUCAGCACAAGAUAUUUUGGGGGAGCUGAUGGAAUUGGAGAGACUCGAACUGGAAGCCCUGGAAGCCUCGAGCAAUCUUCCUCGAUGCAUGUGCUCCGCAAUGGAUCAACAGGUGAUUCUGGGGGCAGUCUCACUGUCCCUGGGAUUUGUCAUUGGGUGGCAGGCGAAACCAGCUGCUAAGGAGGAGAUUGCUCCCUGCAGUUGUGCCUGUCACUGCGGGUGCAAGUGCGAGGCUGCUUUGAGUGGUUCACUUUUGCUUGGUUUUGGGAUUGUCUUGAUUGUGAUUCUGGGCGUGGGAGCCUUACUCUUCUUGAACCGUCCGCUGGCCACUGUUGAGACGGAACCCAAUCCUGCAAAGGGAAAGAAAGGAGUUUUUGGGCAGACCGGCAAGGCCGACUCUAUUCGAGCACAACGUGGACUUCCACCUCUUGCUGGAGGAAGGCAAGGAGUGGCUGCACCAGCACCUGUUCCUGCUGCACCAGUACCUGCCCCGCCUCCCUCUGGCGUAUUGGGGCCAGCGGCUGGGCCAGUUGCAGCAGCAGCUCCAGCAGUGGGAGUAGCAGAUCCCUACUGUUGGGUGACUCUGGAGUCUGGGGCCGGAAGAUUGAAGGGCGAUGUGGUGGUAGUUGAACCAAAUCCGCUUCCUGCGGGAACCCAGCAGUUGGGAGAUCGUGCCAUGCUGCAAGAUCCUGCACAGCCUGGGCAUGGUAUCUUCUUGAAAAGGGUUCUGCAGUCCCAGUCUUCCACAUACAAGCUUGAUGACUUCAGGGUGUUGCCAGUGCAGUUCGAUGCUCAAGGAGUGAGGCGGAGAGAUUUUCACAGUGCGGUGCCCAUCAUGAUCGAAGGGUCUCCAGCUGGAGGUGGUUUGCAGUUGGAAGGGCCUGCAACGGCUCUCAACAUUGCCAAGGGCCUAAGGGAUCAGAACCUGACUCCGACUACAUACCAUGAGUUCUGGAUUAGAACUGGAGAGAUACCAAAGGGUGACCGCAGUGUUUAUGAGCACGAAUGUCUUUCUCGGAUCUUUGAGGCGAUGGUCACAAUAGAUCAACUCAAUCCUAGUGGUUUGCAAUCGGCUGAAUUGGUGGUGCAUAGAAUGCAGGUGAUUCGUGAGGCCCAUAGGAUAAGUCCCACAUCUCCUGACUACAGCAGUGCCGACAUCUUUAUGGGAUGGCGAUACCGAAAGCAGACUCAGGGCGUCGAUUCAAGCCUAGCUGCCUACGUAGCUGUGGAACUCAAGAGCGAUGCAGCCAUUGCGAAAGAGAGCCGUAAAGCUCGUGAAGAACAGCAGCAAAGGUUCUUCAACUUGCUCGCGCAGGAGAAGGGCAAAGGUGCGGCUAUUGAAGAGCUUCUGCAUCAUGAAGUGGCGUACACGGGUGAGACGUGUGCGACUACGGUGCGCCCAUACGACCGUUCUUUGGUGUCCCUUCCGGAUUGUGGUUCAAAACUCGUGCCUCUUGAUCAGGUACUGGAUGCAGCCGGACGAGAAGUGGUGGGCGACCCCCAUGGUCGAAUGCUGGUGAGUGAGGCUGAAUGGGGUGAGAUUGUGGAGAAAGGUGAAACGGUGAUGCCUUACAUGGACGUGACUUUGCAGAAAUGUCCUGAACUAUAUCAUCAAUUCAUCUUAGAUCUUUACGAGAAGAACUUGAUCAGUUUUACAAGCAAGCCACAGGGACUGGUCACCCCCUUCUUUGUUGCCAAAAAGAAUGGACGUUUGAGAUUUAUUUUGGAUUGCCGAGCGGUGAACAGACGGUUUCAUCCUCCUCCUCCCUUAGCUAUGGCCGCAGGUAGCACAUGGAGCUCUUUGGAUUUACCACAAGGUGAGAUUCUGUACACGGCUCAAAGUGAUAUCCGUGACUAUUUUUAUUCCUUGGAACUUCCAACUAGUCUUCAACCACUUUUUUGCCUUCCGGCCAUUCCACAUCGGUUGCUGCAGGCUUGGGGUGUGGAUGAGCGGCAUUUUUCAGAACCAGAUGGACAAGGUUGGGUUUUUCCUCAUCUUGUUGCAGUCCCCAUGGGAUGGAACUGGGCUAUGUGGCUGUCACAACGUGCACACCAGCAAAUUGCUUUGGAGGCUUCUGGAUUGGGAGUCGACAGAGUUCUGGUGGAAGGCAAGCCAUGUCCUGAAUUGGCAUCAGGGAAACCAGUGAUCAUACCCUAUGCAGACAACUUGAACGUGACGGGCAUAAAUGCUGAACUGGUUCAACAAACAAAGGAUGUUGUUGUGAAGCGGUUGAGGGAGCUAGGUUUCAGAGUUCAUGAAGAGUUAGAUGCACAUCAUACUUGCCAAUCCUUGGGUUUUUUGAUUGAUGGUCUGAAUGGCACAGUCUCGCCCAUACCUGAAAGACUUGACAAGAUAUGCAAAGCGUUCAUGUGGCUGUCGAGACGGCCACAGGUCAGUGGACGAUCCAUUGAAAGGCUUCUGGGACAUGCGGUGCACAUUUGCCUUCUUCGUAGAGAGCUGUUGAGCAUUUUUCGGGGCCUUUAUGACUUUGCAUAUUCAUGUUAUGACAGGCGGGCGAAACUAUGGCCAGUAGCGGCCAAGGAGGCGAGGUGGGCAGCUAAUCUUCUCAAACUUUGUCAAGCUGACCUCAAAAAGACAUGGUCGCGACAGGUGACCUCAUCUGAUGCUUCUCUGAGUGGCAUAGCAGUUUGCAAGAGGGACAUGGAGCCAGCUGAGCAAUCCAUCAUUGGAGGCAUCAAGGAACAUUGGCGAUACAAGAGUAGAAUACCCGUGAAUCCGCGUGAAGCUGCCUUGUCCCCUCUUGAUCCUUUUUCCAACCCAGAGACCGUGAAACCAUCAGAGGUUCAAAAGCAAGAUCCAUUUGAGCUGAAUGAGGUUUUUCCGGAAGUCCCCAAAAAGCAUCUUCAGAAAGAUCUGUGGCAUGACGUUUUUGCAGUACACAUGACACACCCGGAGCAUAUCAGCUUAUUGGAAGGUAGAGGUGUAGUAGCGGCUCUCAGACACAAGUUUCGCAGUUCAUUCGAGUUCAAUCGCAAGCAUCUCCAUUUUUCAGACAAUCUUGCCGUGGCUCUAUUGGCUGCAAGGGGUCGUUCGAACAACUUCCAAAUGCUGCGGGUGAGUCGCAGAAUAGCUGCACUCCUCUUGGCAACUGGCAGCUGGCUGUCCGUCAGGUGGAUCCCCAGCGAGUACAACGUUGCUGAUCGAGCUUCAAGGCAGUGGGAACACCUGAGGGACAGCCAUGUUGCUAGCAGAGGUGCCGUUGAGAAGGGGAAGAAAGAGAUCCAUGCCAGAUGCUACAACAAGCUGGGGCUGACCAAAGAUCAGAAGAUCAGCAGUCGGCGGGCGAAGAUGCAGACCCGUGUGGAUCCUCCCCGGUUUUGGGGGCAGACCAUGUUAGAGAAGGUGGCCGUUUCUCAACCAGUUGCGCUAGACUAUCAGCGAAGAGUCAAGGAGCUGAAGCAGUAUGCCAAAAAACAGAGGCUCUCACUGAAAGGGGCUACCAACUUCGAUCAGGCUUGCUGCAAGUUUGUGAAUCACAUGUUCAAUCAAGGGUUCGACCUUCAAGACGGAAGCAAAACACUUGCAGCAAUCAUGGAUGCGUUCCCCGCCUUUUCCCCCAAGCACAUGUUGAGCCGAACACGAAGGGCACUUCAGGGCUGGGGAAAGCUGGAACCCCAACAGACAAGACCUCCAGUCCCAUGGCUGCUGAUUCAGGCGAUCUCCAUGGAACUGCUGAAGAAGAACAAGAAGGCUUCAGCAGCAGCAAUAUUGCUCAUGUUCACAGCCUACCUCAGACCAGGCGAAGCUCUAGACGUGCAGCGACGGGAUUUAGUGCCACCAUUGCCAGGCAGCAAGCACUACUCGCUGCACCUUCAUCCCGCAGAAAGAGCUCAGCAGUCCAAGGUGGGGCUGUCGGACGAGUCAAUCUUGCUGGACAGCCCAGUUCUUCCAUGGAUAGGCCGAUGGGCAGCAGACAGCAGCGUCAGGCGCUACGAGGCCCACGCCAGGCCCCAAGACUUUUCCGCCAGUGAUGAAUGGUCAGAGUCAGCUGCGCGUUGUGUCGAGAUUGCACAGGCAGCUUUGGCACGCGCGGCCUCCAAUCACUCCAUUCGCUCCUUGAGCUCCGUUGGUGCCAGGACACCUAAGACUCCAGUGACACCGCGGACACCGAAGACGCCGAACAACUCGUUCUUCGCUCCGACCGGAGCAGUGGCUGGAUAUGCAACUACUUUCGCUGCAGCAGCGCGCACGGAGGAGUCGCUGCCUUCGCUGGGGCCUUCGGAGCCCAACUCUCCAGAACGUCACGCACACGGGUCGCUUCGCUAUCAUUCCGACUUGCCCAUCCUCCUGGGACAGGCCGUUGGAAACUCAGAGUCAGCUCAAAUCUUCCGUUGUAUCAUCAUGUACGACAAUGUAAAUAAGACUUUUAAAAAACAUAAAUAA